AAGGACCUGCGAUGUGUUUGCAGGCUGCAGCGGACACGAGAUUUUCUUUCAAGCCAGCAUGCGGGCCUACAGAUUUGAUUGCGAAAGGCGCGGUCCAUCAAACCAAACCAAGCCCGCUACUAGUCUAACGGUAAUAUAUAACGUUGCGCAAAUCAAAGAGACGAAAUCAAGCAGCGGAAGACGCCGCGUAGCGCCGUAGCCUAGCGAGGGACAGCGCCAGGACUGCUCUGCUCUGCCCCUCUGCCGUUGCUGCCGGCUGUGUCUUCCUCCUCGGCCAUCCCGGAGAACACGCGUUCUCUCUCUCCUCUGCUACAACUGCCUUGUCCUUACCCUCUCCACCACUGCACCUCGUGUCACUUCCCCAACCUCUUUUGUCCGUUACAUCACACACCCAAAGAAGCUGUCCACGCCGCAAUGCAGCGGUCGCGCACACAGCACGCCGAACAUCACCCAGGAGGAACGGCAACGCACACGCCCUUUCGCACACAGGAGCUGGAGGCGCCCCUGGAUCCGGGAUCCGACCCGGAGUACCGGGACUUCCAGUUUCGGUUCAUCCCGGAGGUGUUCGAGCUCCAGAUGGGCGGCGGGGUGAGGAAUGGAGACGGCAAGGUGACGGCGGAGAAGGUUCUUGGGUUCGAGUUCGACAAGGUCAGGAUCAGCAUUGCGUCCAGCGACGACGAGGUGGACGGAGAAGCGCCGCCGAGGAGCUCCUUCUCCGGGGCGAGCCACCCGCCGGAGCCGGUGGACGAGAUAGACACCGUCUUUGUCGCUGUCGACGGCCGGGAGAAGCCGGUCCAGAAGCCAAUCAUCUCGUGGGACGCGUCCCCGCCGCCGAGCGGCGCGGCAAGCCCGCACAGCAGCAUCGACAGCUCCGGCGCCGCCGCCACCACCGUGACAAUCACAAGCCUCGCGCCGAGCUGCACCGUCACCAGCCGGAGCGCCAAGACCAGCGUCAGCAGCAGCGCGGCCAGCGACGGCAGCGGCUGGAGCAACGGCACCGGCACCGGCGCCGGCGGCAGCGCCGGGAAGCCGCACAAGGGCGGCGACCCCAGGUGGAAGGCCAUCCUCGCGGCGCGCGCGCGCGACGGGCCCCUCGCGAUGGGCAGCUUCCGGCUGCUGCGGAGGCUCGGGUGCGGCGACAUCGGGACGGUGUACCUGUCCGAGCUGAGCGGCGGAGGCGCCGGCAACGGCGGCGCGGCGAGGCCCUGCUGGUUCGCGAUGAAGGUCAUGGACAAGGCGUCGCUGGAGAGCCGGCGGAAGCUGAGUCGCGCGCAGACGGAGCGGGAGAUCCUGCAGCUGCUGGACCACCCGUUCCUGCCCACUCUGUACGCGCACUUCGAGACCGACCGCUUCGCCUGCCUUGUCAUGGAGUUCUGCCCCGGCGGCGACCUCCACGCGCUCCGGCAGCGACAGCCCGGCAAGCACUUCCCAGAGCACGCCGCAAGGUUUUACGCCGCAGAAGUGCUCCUUGCGCUGGAGUACCUGCAUAUGCUUGGAGUGGUCUACAGAGAUCUGAAGCCGGAGAACGUGCUCGUGAGAGAAGAUGGCCACAUCAUGAUCUCCGACUUCGACCUCUCCCUUCGUUGCGCGGUGUCGCCGACGCUGGUGAGAUCUUCCCUGAACUCCGACUCCAGGAACGCGCAGGCUGCCUGCAUCCAGCCCACAUGCUUCAUGCCCAAGCUCUUCGGCCAGAGGAGCAAGAAGAGCAGCAGCGCCAAGAAAUCCAAAUCCAAGGGCGGCGAGCCCAGGCAGCAGCAGGCUCCCACGGGCCUGCCGGAGCUCGUCGUGGAGCCGACGGGGGCGCGGUCCAUGUCGUUCGUGGGGACGCACGAGUACCUGGCUCCGGAGAUCAUCAAGGGCGAGGGCCACGGCAGCGCGGUGGACUGGUGGACGUUCGGCAUCUUCCUGCACGAGCUCAUGUACGGCAAGACGCCGUUCAAGGGGCAGACGAACCGCGCCACGCUGUUCAACGUCGUCGGCCAGCAGCUCAGGUUCCCGGACUGCCCCGGCACGAGCAACGCGAGCAGGGACCUGAUCAGAGGCCUGCUGGCCAAGGAGCCCCAGAGCCGGCUGGGCGUGAAGAGGGGCGCCGCGGAGAUAAAGCAGCACCCCUUCUUUGAGGGCGUCAACUGGGCGCUUAUCCGCUGCAGCACUCCCCCCGGCGUGCCCCGGGCCGUCGAGCCCGUGGCGUUGGCGCCGCCCGCGCCAGCUAAGCCAGCGCCGGUGGAAAGAGCGGAGAUCAACAGCAGCAGCAAUAGCAAGAGGAUGGAGAUCAACAGCAGCAGCAACAGCAAGAGGAUGGAGAUCAACAGCAGCAGCAAGAGGAUGGCAGGAACCGGUUCUGAGUCCGGGGGGAAGUUCCUAGACUUCGAAUUCUUUUAGCUAGUUUUGAGUUAACGAUACUUGUUGCAGUUCAAGACGAAUUGUAGGUGUAGUUCCAUACUGGAGUGCUAGCGUUUGGCAUGUCUGACCGGUCCCAAGUCUGUGUUGGUUGUUGAGACUUGAGAGUUGCGGCUCGUCCCAUGUCACUAGACACUAGUAGUUACUUAGUCAAAGAGUAAGCCAUGAAGUUUGAGUAGUCGAAGGAACGAUUUGUCAUCAUGUCUGUUUCCAUUACAAGUUAUAUAGCCUUAUCAGAUUUUUCUUUUUACUA